AUGGCAUAUAUCAGUACGCUACAUAUACUCUUCUACGCCAGGCCUGCUGUGAGAAAUGCUAGCAGCUCUAAGGUUUGGCAUCCUCCCCCUGCUGGCAUUGUGAAGCCAAAUGCUGACGCUUCUGUAUCGAGUGAAGGGCUUGUUGGCUUGGGUGUGGUGGCUAGAAAUCAUGAAGGAAAGGUCCUGUUUGCUGCUACUAGAAGAAUGCACGCAUAUUGGGCUCCUGAAGUGGCAGAAGCGAAAGCUCUUUCGAUGGUUGCUAGACUUGGCAGAAGAUAUGGGCUCAGGGAUGUUAUUUUGGAGACAGACUGUCAAACUCUCACGAAGAAGCUUGAGAAGGGGAAUGUGUUUCUUUCAGAUUUAGAUUCUAUCAUUGGUGAUAUUUUCUCUUUAUGUACUGCUUUUGAUUCUAUUAUUUGGUCUCAUGUUAAGAGGGAGGGCAACUUUGUUGCUCAUCACCUAGCUAAGCUAAUCCCAUUUGGGGUAGAACAAGUAUGGGAGAACUUUUGUCCACAAGAAAUAACCCCUAAUGUAUUGAUGGAUAAUCUCGUUUCUUGA